AUGGACAUGGACGCCUCCGCGUACAUAGCCGAGCAAAUACCCCUCCUGCGUAGACUGCACGAGCAGCUCGCGCUGCCCGCCACUGCGCUGGCGGACGAUACGGCACGCAUCGACGCCGCGGUGCGCGCCGCUAUUGUCUCUGUCGUACGGGGACGCGAGGACGAGGUCGCGGUCUGGGAGGCGCGGAUCGCGGACGGGAAGCGCGCGCUGGCAGGCCUGGCGCGGGCGGUAGGCGAGAAGGGACGGAGCGUCGUCAAUGCGAACCGGCAGGAUUCUGAACCCUCCAGUGCUUUGCCGGCACAACAUGAACGACUGGUUGAACAGACGGCCGAGCUCGAAGUCGUCUACAACGAGCGAUUGGCGCAGAUUGAAGAACUGCGCUCCCAACUCGAAAAGCUUUCCAUCCUCCUUGGAUCACCAUACGAACCCCCAGCGCCUCUCACACCCAUCCCUGGGCUGGCUGUGCCAGCGCGCAAGCCACGGCAGUCGAUGGCGGCUGCGUUACCUCCACCUGUCAAUCUCGCUCCCACAAUCACCAAGCGCGCCUCUGGCCGGCGCACAUCCGCUUUCCAUGCACCGGCUCCUGAACCGGAACCACCAAAGCUCGAAUCCUGGUUCGAUGUCGGCGAGGACGUGCAAACCACCCUUGUGGCGGCCCUGGAGAAGGCGUUGGAGGAGCGCGACGUCAGGCUGAGAACUCUGGAGACGACCUUCAUCGACCUCAUAUGGUAUCGCGCCGAGCUGGACCUGCCGACUCUCGAGCACUUACCUCCUGAGCUCCGACCACCUGAGAGUGAGGAGGAGCAGCCUGGAAUAUACCACCGGUACGAUACGUAUCUCGACCACGUCAUCGAGCUUAACCCAGUCAAGGCUGGGUCCUUUGAGGAUGAGGAGCAGAGCAUUGACGGCAUGGAAGAGGUUGAGCCCGAGGUUGGGCUCAUCAACUGGGCCGACGCGCUGUUGCAACUCUGGAUGGAUGAAAAGGAGGCGCGUGACGAGCGGAUCCAGGCGCUGUAUGAGCGCAUCGAGCCGCUAUGGGACCGCCUCAAGGUUGAGCAGGAGUACAUCCACUCAUUUACGGAGCGGAAUGUCGGCUCGGGGUUAGAGUCCAUCACAGCUUACGAGGAGGAACUGGAUCGGAUGCUCGAGAAGCGCAAAGCGAGCCUGUCAACAUUUAUCAUCAACGUGCGCAAGGAGAUCGCCGAGCUGCAGAAUGCGCUGCUACUCAGUGAAGACGAGAAAGGCCAGUUCGGCGCCUUCAUCAACGAUGAGUACAGCGAGGAGCUGCUGGAGGAACACGAGGAAGAGGCUGCCCGCCUCCGUGCCCAGCUCGAAACGUCUGGUGUUCACUUGGCUAGAGUCAAGGAGUGGUUGGCGAUCAAGGCGGAUGAGGAGGAGCUCGAGCGCAGCGCAGCAGACCCAAACCGCUUCAAGAAGCGCGGCACGGCGAUGCUGCAAGAGGAGCGGAUGCGGAAGCGUGUCGAGAAGCGCAAGCCAAAGAUCGAAGCCGAUCUCCUCGCUAGUCUCCCUGCCUGGGAGGAGGAGCACGGGCGGCCGUUCUUGGCGCGUGGGCAGCGCGUCGUUGACAUCAUCGAGGACGCCAUAGCCGCGAAAGAGGCGGCUAGGGAGGCGAAGAAGCGCGCCAAGCUGGGUCUUGGUCCAACGGUGCCGCCAAGGGCGAGGGCGACUCCUGCAGCCGGGAACCGCUCGCAGCCGGUGUCUGGGACAACAACUAGAUCUGCGACUGGGAGCAGUGCGCGUGGCGUCUCGAGCAUGUCCAUGAGAAAUACGAUGCGCCAUGUGGACGAGACACCGACUGCCUCGGCCGCACGGCGGUUCGGUGCACCUGCAGGUUCAAGAGCCAACGCCCUCGUGCCUCGUCAGCAAGAACGCGCCGACGUCUUCAAGACGCCCGGUAAGACUCCCGGCCGCACACCCCGCAAGAGCUUCAAGCCGCGACGCAGCAUCGCUGGCGGUCUCCUCGCAGGCAGGUUCGCCCUGUCGGAAGCGGACGAGGACGACGACAUAUUCUAA